AUGAAGAAUCUCACAUUUGUUGUUGCUAUGAUUCUCUUAUCAAGCUGUGUCAUAUCCCAAAUGCUUGACUCAACCGAUGAUGAAGAGCUCCAAUGGUCGGAUCCGUUCUGGGCUAUCCUCAAACACAGCCCAAAUCGGCAAUUGAACAAAUGCUUUUCUAAUUACAAGAAGGUAACAAGAUGUUUCAUUAAGGCAUUUACGCGAAAACCAACCAUUGAUUCUGAAUGUUGCUUGGCGAUCAAGAAGUUGAAUAAAAAUUGUGAAAAUACGGUUUUUGCAUCAUUCCGUAAUCCUUUCGUUAGCAAUUAUGUGAAGGAACAUUGCCAAGGUGGUUCUACUCCGGGUGCUCCUUCUCCGGCUUAG